AUGUUUUCCCAGGCAAUCACCGAGACCGUGAACGUCUUAGCAUUUGACGGAUCAAGUGUAGGCGCUUAUACACUUGAUCUGGUUACGCCUCCGAAGUCAGCUUCGGAGGUGGUCAAGUUGCCAACGCCAGAAUCUGAAAGAUUCUUGCGAGAUCUGCGUAAUGACAAGAUCAAGCAGAUCUGCGUAUUCGUCACAGAGGAAGAGUACGUCGCCAAUAUUCGGUCGGCACAAGUGUUUGCUGAGAACGAACGGGUGCUCAGUAGUUCAUCGAUGGACGAGAGUGUCCUCGAGGAGAAGACUCGGAUUGAGCGAUACACGUCUCAAUCUUGGGAGUCUUUGAGACAAUCCUUUGUAUAA